AUGCCUGAACUACCUGAAGUUGAAACUGUUCGUCAAAUAUUAAGGUCUGAAAUACUUGGAAAAAUUGUUCAAAAAAUAGAAAUUUACAAGCCAAAGGAUGAGACAAAAAUACGAAAGAGUAUGAUUAAAGAAAUCAAAAGAAGCAAAACCCAUGUAUUAAUUAGUCAUUUAGGAAUGACUGGAAAGUAUUUUGUAGAAGAGAAACUAAUCACUCCGGAACAAAAAAAAUUAUUUAACAAGCACAACAGCGAGGAAGCGAGAGUUUUAACUUUUCACUUAGGAAGCAAGCAAAGUCCUACAAAAUUAAUUUACUGUGAUGCCCGCCGGUUCGGGAGUUUUCGCUUACAAAGUUUUGAGGAUUACAAAAAAUUAAAGCCUUAUAAAAAUAUUGGGACUGAUUUGCUUGAAGAGACAGUAGAUAUUGACCUACUAUUCAAAAGCUACCAAAAACGUAAAGUUCCCAUUAAGCCUGCUUUAUUAGAUCAAGAUAUAAUUAGUGGAAUUGGCAAUAUUUACGCUUCAGAAAUACUUUUUGAUACUAAAAUUCAUCCCUUAAAAAAAACUAAUCAACUUACUAAAUUAGAAGUAAAAAAUAUAGUUUCUUCGGCUCAAACUAUUUUAAAAAAGGCUCGAAAUUUUGAAGGAACUUCGGAAUUUGAUUUUAAUGGAAAAAAAUACCUUCUUUGUAACCUAGCAGGUCACAAUAUUAGCAGCAGUUUAGUCAAAUACCAAACUCUAUUAAUUUGUCCCGACGAUAAAUCAAUUUUAGCUUCUCAUAUUAAAAAUGACCCGUAUGCAGAAGUAUGUUUUACUGUUCCGGUUUCUAACCUUAAAUUUAGACUGAACUUUCACCAAAGACCAAAAAGAACUUAUCCGUUUAGUGCCUUUCAAAUUAAAGAUACUAACCAAGUAGAAAAAGUGGAACUAGAAAAACCGAGCUUCCAGCAAAUGGGUAAAUAUCCACCGGCUCAGUUUACUUUUAAAGUUAUUAGUCAAAAGAAAGGCGAAGUAGACGAAAAGGGAGAAUAUAAACAUGAACUAGAAAUUGAACCUUUUUCGCUGGGAAUAGAAGGCUUACCAGAAAUUUCCCGAAUUAUUUUUGACUUUAGUUCUCCUCCGACCGGAGCAAUAGAAGUUGUUGAAAGAAUUAAAGAUACCUGGUUAUACAAUACGCCAGAAUUAUUAACCGAAAAAGACAAUAAAGCCUUAAAAUUUUAUAGUUUGCAUGAUUUCGAUUUGGAUAGUUUUCAGGAAAAGCCGGCCGAGGAUAAUUCCAAUAAUUCUCCUGUUUAUAAUGCUCUUAAAACCAAAAUGCUCCAAUACUACGAUACUGGGGAAGCCAAGAAGCAUGGACAAUAUAACAUUACUGACCAAAAUGGCGAGGAGGUAUAUUUACAAGAAUAUUUAAACUUUGAGCGAACAGAGGAAAGAAAAUUUUAUAAAGAAAUCCGAGCGGCCAUAAUUAACAAUAUCAAGCAAAACCCGGCUGAAUGA